CCAUUACUUAAACUUGCAUAUUUCCCCCAACGACUUACACAGCAACGUUCUAACCUAGACGUAAAGGAUUAAACUGCAUUAGUUUACCUGUAGAUCUAGCCUAAUUUGCUAUAGAUGUGCGCUAGCAUCAUUAUUGCAUGGGUUAAACGUACCGAGUAUACGUUAUGCAUUUCAACGAGACACAAGGGAUUAACCUAGAGGUUCCACCGUAGGGCAACAUUGAUUCCUACCUACCUCUAGGAAAGUAUCAUCGUAAUAAAUAAAUAUCUACUAAUUUCCAAUCUGUUUUAUUUCUUCAAUCGAACGGGACAUAAUGCUGCGGCACUCGGUAUCUCAAAUCUUCGGCUUAAAGCACCCUGCUUUAUCCCCACGUGAGAAUGACGACAUUGGACGACAACCUCGGCCGCCCAACGUAACAACAAAUCAGUUGUCGGCUCAAAUGUCACCUCACGAAUCCGACAUUAUAUUCCCAAAUGUCUUAUCUCUAAACUCAUCACCUCAGUCGUCAUACUCUCAAGAGCCAAUUUCAAUGCCGAUGCCCACUCCGGUUCCGGUCCCGGCAGUUCAGCCAUUGCCGCUGCCCGGUCACAUGCCGCAAGGUAUCGCGGCACCGAUACCAUACACUUCGACACUUGCGACUAUGAAAAUGGACGCUUCGAGUCUGCAUCCUGUUUUCUUCACCGAGAGGUUACAGAGGUCACCGUUCGUGUUUGACGCAGCGGGAGUAACUAGCCCCGUUGCCCAUGGAUACGCCUAUCCGGAAACACAGCGGAGAACCGAUGGAACUAUUUCUUCUAGAUUAUGAGGGAUGCUUUUUGUGGGAAAAUCGGUAGAGGGGGAGGUCGUGAAUCAAUAUUUCGGCCAAGAAUAUGGAUAGUCGAGUACUCUUAGCAAUCUUUGAGCUUGUCUAAAGAAGCUAUUCUUAUUAUAUCAUAAGGCGACCUGCUUGCUACAGAAUUGGCUAUAAUUACCUAUAGGAGGCAAAAGCCUACAUACCUCUUAUAGCGGCUUGAACCAAUCUGCUUGUUAA